CCGAGCCACGACGCCGCUCGGCCUGCCGGCUUUUCCCCGCGUCCCCGCGAGGCCACGGAACGGCGGACUCUCCACAAGGCGACCCCGGCUGCGCUGGCUAACGCGCCCCCUUUCCUGGCGCUUUCUGCGCCUGCUUGCCCUUGCCUCUGCGGCGGAGGCUGCUGCCGCCGCUGCCCCUUCUCUUGCCCGGGCAUCUCAUUUCCUCUCCCCCUCAACCCCUGGGAUGUGGACUGCCGGCUUCUUCUAGCUUCCCCUCUGAGCUGCCCUCCUGAUCUUCCUCUUUUCCAGUCGCAAGUCGCUUUCUCUUUAGAGAGAAUAUUUGGACUCGUUUCUCAUCUAUCUGUCUAUCUGCAGGCUCUAAGUUUUUUCUCCCUUUUGUGGGAGGCAGGGGAUGUCCUUGGCGGCUGGAGGGGAAAAAGGACACCCUCCUCAUCCAGACCUCUCUACUAUGAGACCGUCUUUGUUUAGGUUUUAUUUCUGGGCCAGGCAUCUCUCAGUGGCCUUGUUUCAUUUCUCUGCCCCCCUCCUCUAAUGAAGUAUUUCCUGGGUUCUUGUGAAAGAUUUGGGUUCGGGGUUUAUAUAUAGGGAAGGUACCUGCCCAAGGCAGGAGAUCCUCCUGUUAUCUGGGGUAAAGGAGGAAAAUGCAGGCGAAAUUCCUGGGGGCACCUUGCUCCUUCCGCAUUUUACCCUUCUUGUUUGGGGUAGCUGCCCUCCUGGGGCUUUUGCCGGUGCUUCAUAGCCAUGGCUCGCAGCCGAACACCGUGGUGGUCACUCGGCCCUCUUACUCCUCGAAGGCGCUCAUCGCCGUGGUGGAGAGCGUCACCGCGGCUCCCCCUGCAUUGGAAGAGAUUCAUCCUGCAUCCACGCACCCCAAGAACACUUCCACCCACGGACACGGCAAGCACCGGAAACCGUUUCCAGUCCUGGGUAUCGACUACACGUAUGUACGGAAGCCCUUUGAGAUUGCGCUCUGGAUAUUGCUCGCGUGCCUCAUGAAACUGGGAUUCCAUGUCAUCCCCACCAUUUCCAACAUCGUCCCCGAAAGCUGCUUACUCAUCGUCGUGGGACUGCUGGUCGGGGGGCUGAUCAAGGCCGUGGGGGAGGACCCUCCCAUCUUAAACUCGGACAUUUUCUUCCUCUUCCUCCUUCCGCCCAUCAUCCUGGACGCCGGUUACUUCCUGCCCUUGCGCCAGUUCACGGAAAACUUGGGCACCAUCCUGAUCUUCGCGGUCGUGGGGACGCUGUGGAACGCUUUCUUCGUGGGCUCCUUGUUGUUUGGCGUGUGCCAGAUCGGGGGCACCGGCUUGACCGACAUCGGCCUCCUGGCCAACCUGCUUUUCGGCAGCAUCAUCUCGGCGGUAGACCCCGUAGCCGUGUUGGCGGUGUUCGAGGAGAUCCACAUCAAUGAGCUCCUGCACAUCCUGGUGUUUGGAGAGUCUUUGCUGAACGACGCCGUCACCGUGGUCCUCUACCACCUCUUUGAAGAGUUUGCCACGUUCGAGCAGGUCACCUUUACGGACAUCAUCCUGGGGUUCCUCAGCUUCUUCGUGGUGUCCCUUGGGGGUGUCUUCGUCGGAGUGGUCUAUGGCAUCAUCGGAGCCUUCACCUCCCGCUUCACGUCCCACAUCCGCGUCAUCGAGCCCCUCUUCGUCUUUCUUUACAGCUACAUGGCAUACCUGUCGGCCGAACUUUUCCACCUUUCGGGCAUCAUGUCGCUCAUUGCUGCCGGGGUGGUGAUGCGCCCCUACGUGGAGGCCAACAUCUCCCAUAAGUCCCACACCACCAUCAAGUAUUUCCUGAAGAUGUGGAGUAGCGUCAGCGAGACCCUCAUCUUUAUCUUCCUUGGCGUCUCCACGGUGGCCGGGAAACAUCACUGGAAUUGGACCUUUGUCAUUAGCACCCUGUUUUUCUGCUCAAUUGCCCGGGUUUUAGGUGUCCUGGGGCUGACAUGGUUCAUCAACAAAUUCCGCAUUGUGAAGUUGACCCCGAAGGACCAGUUCAUCAUUGCCUACGGUGGCCUGCGAGGGGCCAUCGCCUUCUCCCUGGGCUACCUCCUGGAGUAUGAACACUUCGCCAUGAGAGAUAUGUUCCUCACGGCCAUCAUCACGGUCAUCUUCUUCACAGUCUUUGUGCAGGGCAUGACUAUCCGCCCUUUGGUGGAUCUUCUAGCUGUGAAGAAAAAACAAGAGACCAAGCGGUCCAUCAAUGAAGAAAUUCACACUCAGUUCUUGGAUCAUCUUUUGACGGGGAUUGAGGAUAUAUGUGGCCACUAUGGCCAUCACCACUGGAAGGACAAGCUGAACCGCUUCAACAAGAAAUAUGUGAAAAAGUGCCUGAUUGCUGGGGAACGAUCGAAAGAGCCCCAACUGAUCGCUUUCUAUCACAAGAUGGAGAUGAAGCAAGCGAUUGAGCUGGUGGAGAGUGGGGGAGUGGGCAAGAUCCCCUCCGCCGUUUCCACGGUCUCUAUGCAGAACAUCAAUCCGAAAACCUUGCCCUUGGAACGCAUCCUGCCUGCUCUUUCGAAGGACAAAGAGGAGGAGAUCCGGAAGAUCCUGCGCAACAACUUGCAAAAAACCAGACAGAGGUUGCGGUCAUAUAACCGGCACACCUUGGUGGCAGAUCCUUACGAAGAUGCGUGGAACCAGAUGUUGCUGAGGAGGCAGAAGGCUCGACAGCUAGAACAGAAGAUAAACAACUACCUGACGGUGCCAACGCACAAAAUCGAUUCGCCAACCAUGUCGCGGGCGCGCAUUGGCUCAGAUCCUCUGGCUUACGACCCCAAGCCGGACUCUGAGAACCUCCCCAUCAUAACCAUCGACCCCGCCUCCCCGCAGUCUCCGGAGUCGGUUGACAUCGUGAACGAGGCGCUGAAGGGGAUGAGCCAUCUCCCGCCGUCCCCAGAGGAAGACGAGGACGAGGAAGGGCUGGUGAUGCGAGCCAAAGAGCCUUCCUCUCCUGGCACGGAUGACGUGUUCACCCCUGGGGCCAGCGACAGCCCCAGCAACCAGCGGAUAAUGCGAUGCCUGAGUGACCCUGGGCCUAGGCCUGAUCCCGAAGAGGGGGAGCCCUUCAUCCCCAAAGGGCAGUGAGCCCUAAGAUGCACUACUGACCUGACCUGUAGGGGGAGCUUCCUGCACAAGUGCGCAUGCGCGUACCCACUUUCUCUGUCUUUCUCGCACACAUAUAAUAUAUAUCACGGGCUCUCUCCUCUCUCGCUUUCUCUCUUGCUCUUUUUUCUUUUUUUGCUCUUCGUUUUGGAAAUUUUACUAGGAGAUGAGAGGAAAUCUUCAGACGGAACACAUCUCAUGCCAAGGAAGCGACAGGUAGAAGCCGUUGAUCCAAAUUCCUUUUCCUGGGGCAGGGUGUGUGUGUGGGGGUGGGUGGGGAGAGAGAAGCGCCAGUCGUUCCACAUCAAGAGGAGCCUUUUCCUCCAGGAGAAGGGCGUCUUUUGCCCCACUGCUGCUUUUUCCUGCCAUGCCAAGAGACUGCUUUCAUUUGGGCGCCUGGAAACUCUUGGGCGUUUUGCACUUGGGAGAGCCAGCCUUUUUUGUUGCCGCUCUAGCUCCUUCCGGCAAACGCACACAGGCGCCCCCGUAAACCCAUCGGAAAAGCCGAGGGGAAGUUUGUUUUGCCUUGCAUCAGGUCUAGCGGAAUCUGUGGCCUGAUGGCGACUUCUGUGGCACCAGCCCCUCUCCACGUUUUCGCGGAGUGGCGAAACGAAACCUUCCUCCGACGCUGCAUAGAGCUUCAAUUCACCAACUAUACUUUUAGCUUGUCCUCUCCUCUAGCUGAUCUUGGCCGUAACAUAUCCGUCAGCUGCUCCUCCUCCAGAGAAGGGCCUUGAAGUCUCUGAGCCGCUGGUGCUUUAAAGCCAGCUGGUUUUUAUUUCUUUUCUUUUUUUAGAGCACUUCUGGCUCAGAGGGAGUUAAGUAUUGUGACAGUUCGACAUCGCCUGGUGCCUCCACCCUCAACUCAAAUGCCACCACCACUCUUUCUUUGUUUCUGACACCAGUUUCUAGUACUGGGCGAUAGUUUGGGGGUUCCUUUUUAAAUCCCACGAAGCCAUAGAAAGAAUUACUAUCGCCUUUUUCAACUUCCAAACCUUAAGGCCGCCUGGUUCGUUUGGAGUUUUGUUUUCCUCAUUCCGAUUAAGAGAAAAUGAGGGGGUUGCUCCUUCGAACCUGGCCUGCUCUGGGGGCUGAUUGGGGGCCAGUUUGGGUGAUCCUGUGGGUACGUUGGCCUCAGGGCACUGUUCUCCCUGCCUUUCUCCACUACCCGCCCUGAUUCAUGCGGCCACACAUACAAGCUACUCCCUCCUGUCUAAUUCUGUACGGCAUACAGUUGCUCUAGUGAUCACCUCUCCAUGCCACCCUCCUCUGGAGUUACCCACUUCCUCGUCAGGGUCGAAGUUACUUUCAAACACACACACACACACACACACACACACACACACACACACACACAGAGCAUUUUGUUGACCAAAGAUGAAUCCGUGGUUGUACAUAUCGAAUUGCUGCCUAAUUUCUAUUUUUCUUUUCUUAUUUUAAACACAGGGUAUCUAUUUCUUAAAAGGUGACAAAUUAUUCACUGGGAUGUCUGUAAAGAACACCUGGUCUGUCUGGGGGUAGAAAUGCUGCACGCACCCACGCCCUCUCCCUUGAGUGCAGGCGCGGGCAACCCGCGGCCCUCCCGCUGUUGUUGGACUGCAGUUCCCAUCAUCUCUCACCGUUGGUUCUGCUGGCUAGGAGUUGAUGGGAGUUGCAGCCCAACGACAUCUGGAGAGCCAAGAGUUGCCCACCCACCCCCUGCUCUAGUGAAAAGAUUUAAUUGUAUUUUUUUCUGUCUGAAAGCAUUAAAUCUCCUAGGCCGCUGGCUUGAGCCCCAGCUUUUAGCAAUAUCUGAUCCGGAGAAGAUCUAAUCCCAGGCAGUUUCCUCUCUUUCCACAGGUACCUCUCCCAACUGUGACCCCCUCCGACCUUUGUUCUCCAUAGCACACUCCCUACUUUUCCUCCUGCAAUGGGCACCAUCCCCAUUUUAGGGGGGGUGCUGUGCUUCCUGUGCACCAUCAGUCACCUUCUCCAUUCUCUUCCUUGAGCUCUUCCACCACCAUCCUGGGGUUCUUGGAAUCUAGCCCCUUUUUCAUUAGCCUGGGCUAUAAAACUCCCAUUUCUACCAUUGUCCGCCCCAAAUUAUAUAUUAAAGAGGAGCGCUAUGAUCAUUCUGCAGCCAGCAGCAAAUCUAUCCUUGCAAGUAAAAGCAAGGCUCAAAUGUGGAAGUUGGAGGAUCUUUCCCCCCGCUGUCCUGGGGCGUAGUGGGGGUGUCUACAGAACAAGGAGAUCACUUGAGCCCUACUCAGGCAUUAGAGUUGAGUGCUUAAAGAAGACGCAAGCCGGGAGAGGAGGAGCAAGUGCGAACAACCUUCAGUAGCAGGGAGCCUUUCGUAUUGUAGCAAGUCUACAUUGUGCGGGGAUACAACACUUGGAUAUAAAAGAAUCCCCAUUUUCAAAGUUUGGCGUCAACGAGUUCGCAUCCUCAUCCUCUUCUCCCCUCUCCUGUGUUCAUGCUAACUCUAAAAUGGAAUGUCUGAAUAGGGCUGUGGUUAAAUCGUGGACGGUACCACUCCAGACAGCAGGUGCGGUUAGCGGCAUGGUUUAAUGCUCCCUCAUAUAGGCAAAGAAAUGCUCUGCGCAUAGAAAACGAGUGUGUCAGGGAAGAAGGUUCUAGCCUAGCUUUUUGCCUAGUUUUCUAUAUGCAGGGAUAUAUAUUAUAUAUAUGGAGGAUUCAAUCAUCCCCCACCCUACAUUCCAAAGUGGUAUGGUCCACAGCUUGACCCUGUGAUCUGUCUCUUGUGCAGAGCAGCCGUUAGCCCAGGUGUGAGCGACAUGUGGCCCUCGAGAUGUUCAUGGACUUCAACUCCUGUCAGCCUUAGCCAGCACAGACAACGGUGAGGGAUUCUGGGAGUUGCAGUCCAACAACAUCUAGAUGGCCAGAAAUUGCUCACCCCUGCCUUAGCCAAAGAUGGCCUUUCCUGUCCAGAUGUUGCAGGGAUUCCUCAUUGCUUACCCCCAAAGUGGGUAGAUGGUGGGAGUUGCUUUUCUGUAUGUGAAGCCAUCCCUUUAUAGCAAGGGUGGGCCACUUGCGGCUCUUCAGAGAUCUUGGCCUACAACUCCCAUUAGCCCUUAGCCAGCACAGCCAGCAGUGAGGGAUCAUGGGGGUUGUAGGCCAUAAGCUCCCCAGCCCUACUUUAUAGGGUGUUGCAGCAUGGCUUGCCAAAAGAGUAGGCUCUAAUUCCUGCCGUGUUUUGUGCAUCUGCCCUACACUGAACUGAUCUCAUAUCCCAGUCUGGUUCUUUUGAAGUGGGCUGAUGGCUUUAUGGAUACAUUUUUCGUAGUUGUUAAGGUUGGGCGAAUGUGGUGCGUAUGGCAGGGGACAGUGAGGUAGAGAGAGGCCCUGGUGUCAGUUCUGCACUUUAGCUCCCAAACUCUGGAUAUUGCGCGGUGUCUGUCAUCCAGACGUCUUUCGAGGCAGCGCCAUCCUACAGAGCCAUGCUGGUGCCUGCUGAUCCCCCCCCCCAGUAGUUCUUAGCCUUCCCCUCCGCUCUCCCCGGAAGGGGGCAUUUCCUCACCUUUGCCCCUGUGCUGUGCCUUUUUAGCCAUACAGUGUCUGCCUGCGCAAAAUGGUAUUGUGGUUCUCGCCGCUCUGUCUGCCUGGCGACCGGGGGCCCCAGAGCCGGUCCGCCAAUUGCUCUGUACGCGCUUGUCCGUCUUUCCAUCCGAAUAGUGACCAACCCCAAAGCCCCCUCCAGACCCCUCGCCCCGCCAGAGGGGAAGAGCUGCACGGAGCACAGGUAAGCGAGGGCACGAGCGGCAGAAGGGCCCCCCCCCAAGCCGGCUUGCCCCCUCACCCCACCUCACGACUCUGUGUAUUCUCUAUCGAACUUGGGCUUUGCUGUUCUCCCUGCUUCAGGCUGAGCAGGGGUCCCACCGGCCCGCAGUAGCCUGUAUUGUGCUUUCAUGUACAAACGCUCGGUCUCCAGCGAGGAGCUGUUAAAAGCAAUGGAAAAUAUUGUAUAAAAAUACGUGUAAAGAGAGUCUUUUUACAUAAAUAUUCUAAUAAAUGAAUGUUUUAAUUUUUAA